CGAGAAGACGCCGUAAUCUCCACUUAAACAUUAAGGGGUAUACUGUAUUCCAAAGGGCUCUCAGGCUUCUUCAACGCAUUCCAGUGCUUGCUCACAGCUGCUUUCUCUGCGCCCACGUGUGAGAAGAUGGCAGCCGUCCGGUCUACUUAUCAAGAAGGACUUAUACCCUUCAAAGUCGAAGGCGACACGCAUCAUACGUGGUAUAGGCUGUUCGGAGACCUCUCAAACAGAACGCGUGCUCCGCUCGUUGUUCUGCACGGCGGGCCCGGCCUCCCACACGACUACCUCAUCCCCAUCGCCGACCUCUUCAAAAUUGACGGAAUUCCGGUGAUCUUCUACGACCAACUUGGGACUGGGCGCUCCACUCACCUCCCCUACAAGCCCAAUUCGUUCUGGACCUUCGACCUCUUCCUCGAUGAGCUGACCAACCUUCUCAACUUCCUGGGCGUUCAGGACGGCUUCGACCUCCUUGGCCAUUCGUGGGGCGGCAUGUUAGCGGCGGAGUUCGUCAUCCGCCGCCGGCCGUCCGGCCUCAGACAUCUCGUAUUGAGCAAUUCGUCUCCGUCGAAGAAGCUCACGCGGAAGUCGCAUGCCAUGUUGCAUGCUGAAUUUUCAAAGGUGGAGCGCGAGGCGUGGCUCGCUGGUCCUGCCCACCCGUUGUUCAUGCAGGCGUCCACGCACUACUUCUCAUUACAUGGGUGCCUGGUGCAACCACUUCCGGAGGAGUUCAGAUACUCACUAGCGCAGGGCGUGGCGCCCACAGGGGAUACCACUGUGUUCGAUGCAAUGAACCAAGGGGAGCUCAAGAAUUGGUCCAUUAUUGACAAGCUGCAUACUAUCCGGGUGCAAACUCUAGUCAUCAAUGGACGCGCGGACUAUUUCCAGGACUUUGUGUGCGCGCCAUUUUUCACUGAAAUUCCGCGCGUGAAAUGGGUCACCUUCGAAGCGUCCAGUCAUAGUCCUUUCUGGGAGGAGCGCGAGCGAUACAUGCAUAUCAUCGGAAACUCCUUGGCCCUAUGAAUGCCGUUAUGUGUACAAUCCCGUGCAGAUAACUGUAGUUUCAGACAAUUUCAACUACGUC